GCGGCGGGACGCGGGCGAGGAGCUGAGCCUCGGCGGUCGCCGGGCAGCUGUCUUGAAGUAGGGGCCGCUGGGAACAAUGCCGCCUCCAUCGGACAUUGUCAAAGUGGCCAUUGAGUGGCCAGGUGCUAAUGCCCAGCUCCUUGAAAUUGACCAGAAACGGCCCCUGGCAUCUAUCAUCAAGGAAGUGUGUGAUGGGUGGUCAGUGCCAAACCCGGAGUACUACACGCUCCGCUAUGCAGAUGGGCCCCAACUCUAUGUCACCGAGCAGACCCGAAGUGACAUUAAGAAUGGGACAAUCUUACAGCUGGCCAUCUCCCCGUCCCGGGCUGCACGCCAGCUGAUGGAAAGGACCCAGUCAUCUAGUAUGGAGACACGGCUGGAUGCCAUGAAGGAGCUGGCUAAGCUCUCAGCUGACGUGACCUUCGCCACUGAGUUCAUUAACAUGGAUGGCAUCGUUGUGCUGACAAGGCUCGUGGAGAGCGGAACCAAGCUCCUGUCCCACUACAGUGAGAUGCUGGCAUUCACCCUGACUGCCUUCUUAGAGCUCAUGGACCACGGCAUUGUCUCCUGGGACAUGGUUUCCAUCACCUUUAUUAAGCAGAUUGCAGGGUAUGUGAGCCAGCCCAUGGUCGAUGUGUCCAUCCUCCAGCGGUCCCUGGCCAUCCUAGAGAGCAUGGUACUGAACAGCCAGAGCCUGUACCAGAAGAUAGCGGAGGAGAUCACCGUGGGACAGCUCAUCUCCCACCUGCAGGUCUCCAACCAGGAGAUCCAGACCUACGCCAUUGCUCUGAUUAACGCGCUGUUCCUGAAGGCCCCCGAAGACAAGAGACAGGACAAGCACCUUAACCCUCUAGACCUGCCCGUCACUGACAUGGCCAACGCCUUUGCACAGAAGCACCUUCGGUCCAUAAUCCUGAAUCAUGUGAUCAGAGGGAAUCGUCCAAUCAAAACAGAGAUGGCCCAUCAGCUAUAUGUCCUUCAAGUCUUGACCUUUAACCUUCUGGAAGAAAGAAUGAUGACCAAGAUGGAUCCCAAUGACCAGGCUCAAAGAGACAUUAUAUUUGAACUAAGGAGAAUUGCAUUCGACGCAGAGUCUGACCCCAGCAGUGUCCCUGGGAGUGGGACUGAAAAGCGCAAGGCCAUGUAUACCAAGGACUAUAAAAUGCUGGGCUUCACUAACCAUAUCAACCCAGCCUUGGACUUCACCCAAACUCCUCCUGGAAUGCUGGCCCUGGACAACAUGCUGUACCUGGCCAAAGUCCACCAGGACACCUACAUCCGGAUCGUGCUGGAGAACAGUAGCCGGGAGGACAAACACGAGUGUCCGUUCGGCCGAAGUGCCAUUGAGCUCACCAAGAUGCUGUGUGAGAUCCUGCAGGUCGGGGAGCUCCCAAAUGAAGGGCGCAAUGACUACCACCCGAUGUUCUUCACCCAUGACCGGGCCUUUGAGGAGCUCUUUGGGAUCUGUAUCCAGCUGCUGAAUAAGACCUGGAAGGAGAUGAGGGCAACAGCGGAGGAUUUCAACAAGGUUAUGCAAGUUGUCCGAGAGCAGAUCACCCGGGCUCUGCCCUCUAAACCCAACUCUUUGGAUCAGUUCAAGAGUAAACUCCGUAGCCUGAGUUACUCAGAAAUUCUGCGGUUGCGCCAGUCUGAGAGGAUGAGCCAGGAUGACUUCCAGUCCCCACCGAUUGUGGAGCUUCGAGAAAAGAUCCAGCCUGAGAUCCUAGAACUGAUCAAGCAACAGCGUCUGAACCGGCUGUGUGAGGGCAGCAGCUUCCGGAAAAUCGGGAACCGUCGUAGGCAAGAGAGGUUCUGGCACUGCCGCUUGGCGCUGAACCAUAAGGUUUUACAUUAUGGUGACUUGGAUGACAACCCUCAAGGGGAGGUGACAUUCGAAUCCCUGCAGGAGAAAAUUCCUGUUGCAGACAUUAAGGCCAUCGUCACUGGGAAAGACUGUCCUCACAUGAAAGAGAAGAGUGCCCUGAAGCAGAACAAGGAGGUGUUGGAAUUGGCCUUCUCCAUCCUGUACGAUCCAGAUGAGACACUGAAUUUCAUUGCUCCUAAUAAGUAUGAGUACUGUAUCUGGAUUGACGGGCUCAGCGCCCUUCUGGGGAAGGACAUGUCCAGCGAGCUAACCAAGAGCGACUUGGACACGUUGCUGAGCAUGGAGGUGAAGCUCCGGCUUCUGGACUUGGAGAACAUUCAGAUCCCGGAGGCGCCACCUCCAGUCCCCAAGGAGCCCAGCAGCUAUGACUUCGUCUAUCACUAUGGCUGAACAGCAAAGACUGGGGCCCAGGAGAGACACAUUGGCGCCCGUGCCUUGCCCUCUACUUGUACAGACUCUGUAGUGAUUGUGGCAACUACUCCUCAAGCCCAGUGGGACCCAGAACUUCUCUCUGUCCCAUCCACCAGGAGUCAUGAAGUCAGGGCAUGCUGCCCUUCUCAGCACCACAGAGCCUGGGUUGGGCUUGAAGGAGUGAACUCGAGAUGCUCUUGCCUCCUACCCUGAGUCUGCAUCUGCAUCUGGUACUGGACUGACUGACAGCCAUCCCCUUUCCUUUCAAGCCUACUUUGUGGUUUGCUGGAGAACUGGUGUGCGCUAGAGCUGGUCCAUGAAAGGCUGCCAUGGAGACAAGAGGCCUGGGGAUGAUGAGAGCCUUGGAGUGGCUCAGGCAAGAACAGGCCUUGAGCUCUUGCUUAAUAGGUCUCUGAGGGCUCAUUCCAGCCUUAUCCUGUGCCAAGAUGCUGCUGCCUCUGGGUUUGGCCCUACCAUCUCUAGUCUCUAAAGAUGCCCAUCUCUUGUCCAUGCAGGUAUCAGGACAGGUAGUAAUUUCCCCCAAGCACUCAGCCUCAUCCUGGCCAGGCAGAGGCCCCAGCCUGAGUCCCACUCUCUUAGGCUCUAGGAAUGUUGCAGGGAAAGGCAGGCUGAGGCCUCUAGCUCACCCCGUCCAGUUCUAUCUUUUCCUUGCUGAGGAAGAAUGCCCCAUGCCCCCUUAGUUACAGGCCCUCCUGUUUGCUUCCCCUUCCCCCCAGACAGGGGGCACUGCCUUCCCUUUCUCUCCUUCCUGGCACUGUGGUUUCUGCCAUUAGCCAUGAUUUCCCAGCGGCUGUGCCACAGCUGUGCCAUGGGCCUUCACUGGUGCUGCGGCACCGGAAGCACACGCACAGCUCUCCCCGGACGCAUGUUCACACGGUGGUGUUCAGUACUGGCAGCCUGGCAUGGUGGGUACUACCUGAUGAAGAGUGUACUAUAUAUUUUCUUUACUAUAGGCCAUACUUAUACAGACAUGUAUAUAUAUUUAUAUAAGAUCUUCCUAUCCUAGGAUAGAAUGUUUAAGGGAAAAUAAAAUUGAGAGCAAAACUGUGCGCUCAGUCAUGAGCUAUGAGUGUAACCAGAGAGCAGCCAGGGGCUUCCUGUCAGUGACGUGUUUUCAAUAAAUACUCUUUCAUGUA